AUGUGUAUAUUGAUUGUUACUGUCCUGUGUGUGUUGUUUUCUCCCGCGGCGGCCUUAUUUUUGGCACCCACAGAGCAAUUAGUUUUGACCACCAUUAGGCAGGAGGCUUCUGAGCUGCAGGACCCAGGCCAGGGCGCCAGCGCUACAAUGCGUGCCCGCCUCACAGACAGGUUUGACAAAACUCCUAGGGAGCUCCGUAUGUCUCCCCCCGGCUGUCCGAGCUCUGAGCGGAGAGAGAAUCGGCACCAGGCCGGAGGGAGCGGCUUCCCGGGGAGGGAGGCGGUCGGUCGGAGGGACGCGGUGCGAUGGCCGGGCGACGCGCGCCGGUUGACCGGGACCGGUAGCGUCCAUUCCUUCCCCCUUCCGGCUCUCCGUGCGGAGGAGAGGCGCCACGCACGGGCGCGCUGCCCAGUCCGUCCUCGCCUGCUUUUUCGCCGAUCGCCCUGGCUCUGCGGACCCUCUUGCUCAUCCGCCGGUUACCGCAAGGCAGAUGAUGAGAUGUCCGGGACCACUUCCCAGGCAGAUCCGAUAGAUGCCACGGCCCGGACGGUGCUGCUCAACCGGCCUCAAACCACCAAGUUCUGCGACAACCAUGUCAGCACCACCAAGUAUGGGGUUCUCACCUUCCUGCCGCGGUUCCUGUAUGAGCAGAUCCGACGGGCAGCCAACGCCUUCUUCCUGUUCAUCGCACUCAUGCAGCAAAUUCCUGAUGUAUCGCCGACCGGCCGCUACACCACUCUGGUCCCACUCAUCUUCAUCCUCACCGUGGCCGGGAUUAAAGAGAUCAUAGAGGACUAUAAAAGGCACAAAGCAGACAACACAGUAAACAAGAAGAAGACGACAGUGCUGCGAAGCGGAGCCUGGCAGACGAUAAUCUGGAAACAGGUGGCAGUAGGAGACAUAGUGAAGGUGACCAAUGGCCAGCACCUUCCGGCUGACAUGGUCAUAGUGUCCUCCAGUGAGCCACAAGCCAUGUGCUACAUUGAAACAUCUAACCUGGAUGGAGAAACAAACCUGAAGAUUAGACAGGGCUUGCCACUCACGGCUGUUGUUCAGACCCUGGAGGAUUUUGUGGGGCUGUCUGGUCGCUUGGAGUGUGAAGGCCCCAACAGACACCUGUAUGAUUUCACUGGCACUCUGCGGCUGGAGAACCAAAAUCCGGCCCCCCUGGGCCCGGACCAGGUGUUGCUGCGUGGCGCUCAGCUCAGGAACACUCAGUGGGUUGUAGGAAUCGCUGUCUACACUGGCCAUGACUCUAAACUAAUGCAGAACUCCACCAAGGCACCACUGAAGCGCUCUAAUGUGGAGCGGGUGACCAACAUGCAGAUCCUGGUCCUGUUUGGGAUCCUGCUGGUCAUGGCGCUGGUCAGCUCUGUGGGUGCAGCCAUCUGGAACAAGGAGCACACAGAGGUUGCCUGUUGGUACCUGUCCCGAGCAGGUGAUAUCUCCACUAACUUCGCCUACAACUUGUUGACAUUCAUUAUCCUCUACAAUAACCUGAUUCCCAUCAGCCUGCUGGUCACUCUAGAGGUGGUCAAAUUCACACAGGCCCUCUUUAUCAAUUGGGAUGUGGAGAUGUACUACGCUGAAACGGACACACCAGCUAUGGCUCGAACAUCCAAUCUUAAUGAAGAACUGGGCCAGGUGAAAUAUCUGUUUUCCGAUAAGACAGGGACUCUGACCUGUAAUGUCAUGCACUUUAAAAAGUGCACCAUCGCAGGAAUCACCUAUGGCCACUUCCCUGAUCUUGACUGUGAUCGUUCAAUGGACGACUUCAGCAAUCUGCCGUCCAGCAGCAACAACUCUACAGAGUUUGAUGACCCAGCUCUCAUUCAAAACAUUGAAAAGAACCAUCCUACAUCACCACAGAUCUGUGAGUUCCUGACAAUGAUGGCUGUGUGCCACACGGUAGUUCCAGAAAGGGAGGAUAACCAGAUCAUAUAUCAAGCCUCCUCACCCGACGAAGGAGCACUGGUCAAAGGUGCCAAGGGGCUUGGCUUUGUCUUCACUGCUCGGACCCCUCAUUCCGUCAUCAUCGAAGCUAGGGGAAACGAGAUGAGCUAUGAACUACUCAAUGUGUUGGAGUUUUCCAGUAACCGCAAACGCAUGUCCGUGGUGGUCAGGACGCCCAGCGGGAAGCUGCGUCUGUACUGCAAAGGAGCGGAUAAUGUGAUUUUUGAGCGUCUGACUGAGGCGUCUCAGUACACAGACGUAACUGUUGCUCAUUUGGAACAGUUUGCUACCGAGGGCUUGAGGACUCUGUGUUUUGCAUAUGUGGAUUUGGAGGAAGAUACUUAUCAGGAGUGGCUGAAGGAAUAUAAUCGUGUCAGCACUGUACUUAAAGACCGCGCUCAGAAACUGGAGGAGUGCUAUGAGCUGCUAGAAAAGAACCUAAUGCUGCUGGGUGCCACGGCCAUAGAGGACCGUCUCCAGGCGGGUGUGCCAGAAACCAUCGCCACUCUGAUGAGGGCUGACAUUAAGAUCUGGGUCCUCACUGGAGACAAACAAGAGACUGCCAUCAACAUUGGUUACUCCUGCCGCUUGGUGACACACGGCAUGUCCCUCAUCAUUGUCAACGAGGACUCUCUGGAUGCUACUCGUGCCACGCUCACGGCUCACUGUUCGUCCCUGGGUGACUCUCUGAGGAAAGAAAAUGAGCUCGCACUCAUCAUUGAUGGCCAGACGCUGAAAUAUGCCCUGUCCUUUGAGCUCCGUCAAGUCUUCCUCGACUUGGCGCUGUCGUGCAAAGCUGUGAUCUGUUGCAGAGUGUCUCCCCUACAAAAGUCAGAGAUUGUGGACAUGGUGAAGAAGCAUGUGAAAGCCAUCACGCUGGCCAUAGGCGACGGUGCCAACGAUGUGGGGAUGAUUCAGACCGCUCAUGUCGGAGUGGGAAUCAGCGGCAACGAGGGCAUGCAGGCCACCAAUUCUUCAGACUACUCCAUAGCACAGUUCUCCUACCUGGAGAAACUCCUGUUGGUGCAUGGAGCAUGGAGCUACAACCGGGUCACAAAGUGCAUCCUCUACUGUUUCUAUAAGAAUGUGGUACUCUACAUAAUAGAGCUCUGGUUUGCCUUUGUGAAUGGGUUCUCCGGCCAGAUCCUUUUUGAGCGCUGGUGUAUAGGCCUCUACAACGUGAUAUUUACGGCACUACCUCCGUUUACACUGGGGAUUGUUGAUCGGCCGUGCAGCCAGCAGAACAUGCUCCGCUUCCCGCAGCUCUACCGAAUAACCCAGAAUGCCGAGGGUUUCAACACCAAGGUGUUUUGGGGACACUGUAUCAAUGCACUGAUUCAUUCAAUUAUCCUAUUUUGGUUUCCUCUUAAAAUGUUAGAACAUGACUCCCCCUUCAGUAAUGGUCAGGGAAACGACUAUCUGUUUGCAGGAAAUAUGGUCUACACAUAUGUGGUAGUUACAGUAUGUCUGAAAGCUGGAAUGGAGACCACCGCGUGGACCAGAUUUUCACACCUGGCCGUGUGGGGAAGCAUAACGCUCUGGAUGGUCUUCUUUGCUGUCUACUCUGCCAUCUGGCCCACCAUCCCCAUUGCCCCCGACAUGCUGGGCCAGGCAAGCUGGCCGGGUGAUGCAGUGCUGGCACUUCUGGCUGGGCCUGGUCCUGGUGCCCACUGCGUCACACGUCGCACAGUGAGGAAGUCCCUGCUGGAGGAGGUGCAGGAGCUGGAGGCGCGGGCCGUUGAUCCAGGGGCAGCUGUGCUGAGGGACGCCAGCGGUCGCAGUCUAAACGAACGAGCCCAUCUGCUGACAAGAGUAUUUAGGAAAACUCCUUCAAGUGUAGGACGCUCAAACUCGGUGCAGCAGACCGUGUCACAUGGCUAUGCCUUCUCUCAGGAGGAGCACGGCGUGGUGUCCCAGUCCCAGGUAGUCCGUUCCUACGACACCACCCGCCAGCGCCCCAGCGUCUAGCCCCUCCCCGGUCAAGGCUUUGGCUCACCGUAGCAAAGGUUGUCAAGGCGACAGUGGAGACGGACUACAGUUAUACCCUCGGGCUGGGUGACCAACCCUCGCUGUGGCCUUACGUGAACAAUGACGUGACCCCUCACCGGGACAGAGUGGGGUGGGGAGUCACGGUCGAGUCUGAAGGCCGUCGCUUCCAAACGGAGGGCUGUGAGUCGGGAGAAGGGACCAGGCCAAAUACAGGACAAUGAAAGCCACAAACGCUGCACCGGCAUGGGCAAUCAUCUCCACAGACAGACGUGCCAGGUCCAACUCAGAGACUGCUCCUGGGGCCGGUAUACCAUCAGACUGGGUUUGCUUCAUGCCACUGUGUGUCGGUGUGUGUCUGCUUGCGUGUGUGUGAGAGAGAGAGAGCUUUGCAGUGCGUCUGUAUCUGCCUGUGCAUGUGUGUCUGCACGCAUUGGCGCUCCUGUGUUAGUGUGCAUGUGCGUAUCUGUCUAUGUGUCUUCGCUUCAAAGGUUACCUCUCAUCUCCCUCUCACGAGGGUUCGGGUCAUCUGUCAUCACAUGCCGCCGCGGAGAGGGACGUCAACAUGAAACCUGCACACGCACACACUCGCACAUUUAGCCACAGGUUGAAUUCCUGAAAAGGGGUAGGAGGGGAAUGACCCGCUGGAGCCCCGCUUCUAAGCUACAGGCCCCCCCCACCCCCUCCCUCCAUCGCAGCAUAGAGCCUCACUGCCAAAACACCAGGAAAACGCCACUGAGGCAGAACUCUCACCCCGAGCCGGACCA